CGAUAGGAGGUGCUACGUGUAUCAGCUAUUUCUAAUAUGGUAAUAACGGCCAGAACCAGCUUAGCUGUGCAUUGAGAAAGUAGAGAAGAAGAAAAAGUGGGCGUUCCCGUUCUCCAUGAGCCAACCACGUUCCUGUCAUUCUACAGGAACGCCCCUCCGCGACUGCAAUCAGACCCGUCUCUCCCAAUCUCGCAUUUAACAUCGCAAGGGAAGCUGCACUCUGGUGUUAUUGAUUCAUUAGAGCCAGGACAACCUUUGACUCCGGUCUGUUUGUGCCGUGCAUGCUGGGUAAAUGGCUCUGAGCAGUGGGCGUGUGCCGUGAUGGUGCAACUGGUUGGACCUGUGUCUUUGGGAACUGAAUGAACUGAAGUCGCUGCAGCAGAGAAGCGUGCUCAGACAAAGCAGAUCAUGGCGGCAGCAGAGUCCAGCCCUCUGACCACUCACGUGCUGAACACGGCAGACGGCGUCCCGGCGGCCAGGAUGGCCCUCAGCCUGCACCAGCUCAACUCCACGCUGAUGAUCUGGAACAUGCUGAGUGUCGGUUUAAUGAUUUUUAGGACAACAAAUGAAGACGGCCGCUGCUCAGGACUCACCAGCAGAGCAACGUUCAUCCCCGGCACCUACAAGCUUCGCUUUGAGACGGGUUCAUACUGGGAGAGUCUGGGUCAGACCUCUUUCUACCCAUAUGUAGAGGUUGUGUUUACCAUCUCCGAGCCGGAGAAGCGGUUCCACCUCCCUCUGCUGAUGAGUCGAUUCUCCUACAGCGUCUACAGAGGAAGCUGAGAGCUGCAGCUUCAACACUCUGCAACCACGGAUGGAGAGAGAGUAGAUUUCAUGACUUGUACUCAUCCAGUCUAUUUUUGUUUCGUUGUUGUUUUUGCCUUUGGCGCAGUUGCAAAUUCUGGAGUGACAUGAGCUUUUUAAUCCUCAUUACUGCAGACAUUUAAGGCUUCACUCUGGUAUUCUUAAGAUUAUCAAAUACAUACCAGUAUUUAUCAUCUCUUUAUUUGAUAUUUUAUGUUAUUACUCAUAACACUGCUAACCUAACUAUUCUUUUGGAAGAGAAUCUUAAUUUACACACUUGUACAAACCUCUGAUUUAUUAAUUUCUCAUUGAGACUGAUAUUGAAAGUUUUAUACAAUCUGUCAUCUGUAUUAAUAUGAAGAGUAUGAAGCAACUGGAAAUACAGCUGAAUUGAUUAAU